AUGACGCCCGCCGCCCCCGUCGACGCUGCCUUUGCCAGGCGCCUGCCCAAGAUCGAGCUCCAUGCUCAUCUCACUGGCAGCAUCAGCCGCGACUGCCUGUACGACAUCUGGGCCUCCAACAAGGCUAGACGCCCUGAUCUCGACAUACAGGACCCCUUGCUGGCCAUCCCCCCCGGCAAGGUCGACUACGACAUCAACACAUUCUUCCCCUUAUUUUCCUCGUACAUCUACCGCCUCUGCAGUGAUCUACAUGCCGUUGAGUACUCUACCAAAGCCGUCCUGCGCCAGUUCCAGCAAGAUGGCAUUGUCUACACCGAACUCCGCACCACGCCAAGAGCAAUCCCCGACCAGGGCGUCUCCAAGGAGGACUAUGUCAAGACGGUGCUGAACGUGCUCAAGGCCCACAAUGACGACAGCACAAACACCCUGCGCGCCUUUCUCAUCCUGUCGAUUGACCGUCGCAACACUGUCUCGGAAGCUGAGGAAGUCGUCGAUCUGGCAAUCAAAUACCAGUCCGCAGGGGUCGUGGGCAUGGACCUCUGUGGCGAUCCCGCCAAAGGCGAUGUCCGUGUGUUCGGCAAUAGCUUCGCUCGAGCAAAGGCGGCCGGCCUCAAGAUGACCAUCCACUUCGCCGAGAGCGAGGCUUCCUCGACAGACACGGAGCUACAGACGCUGCUUUCAUGGAAGCCAGACAGGCUCGGCCAUGUCAUCCGUGUCAAGGACGAGUUCCAGCAGACCAUCAAGGAGCAGGACAUUGGCGUCGAACUAUGUCUUAGCUGCAACGUCCACGCCAAGAUGAUCACGGGCACUUUCUCAGACCAUCAUUUUGGAAUGUGGCGGCACAGCAACGUUCCAGUCGCCUUGGGCACUGAUAAUGUUGGCGUGUUCUGCAGUCCGUUAUCAAACGAGUACUACCUUGCAGCGGAGCAUUUUCAACUUGACCGUUCUGACAUUCGAGCGCUAUGCGAGCGAGCAAUCGACUCGAUAUUCUCCGGCCCAGACGAGCAUGCCCGUCUUAAGCAAAUCUACGCAACCUGGGAUGGAUGGGAUGUAUGAGAUGUAGACAAUGUGUCGGUGCUCAAACCGUCCUAUAUCUGCGAGAUGAUCUUGGCCUGCAAAUCUUGAAUCAGAUACCAGACAACCAUCUUCAUCAUGUGCAUCUUGCCUUGAUUGAGUGGUGUGAUUUAUUCUCCUCUUCCGUUUUGGUCAUACAUGAGACAAGUUCGUGCAUCAAGUCGUUUUCCC